CCUGGCUCCACUCGUCUCCUCUCACACCAACAAAAAACUCAAAAUUCAAAGAAAAAAAAAAAAAACAAAUCAUUUCUUGUCUUCCUUCGAAAACCCGAACCCUCGAAAAUGGGCAAGGAUCUGAGCGACGAACAGGUCUCGUCAAUGAAGGAGGCUUUCACUCUCUUCGACACGGACGGCGACGGCAAGAUCGCUCCAUCGGAGCUAGGAAUCCUAAUGAGGUCUCUCGGUGGAAACCCGACCCAAGCCCAACUCAAAUCUAUAGUUGCCGAAGAGAAGCUCACGGCUCCGUUUGAUUUCCCUCGGUUUUUAGAUCUCAUGGCGAAGCACAUGAAACCUGAGCCGUUUGACAGGCAGCUACGCGAUGCAUUCAAGGUGCUGGAUAAGGAGUCGACCGGGUUUGUCUCCGUCGCGGAUCUGAGACACAUAUUGACUAGCAUUGGUGAGAAGCUGGAGCCGUCUGAGUUCGAUGAGUGGAUCCGGGAAGUGGAUGUUGGGCCAGAUGGGAAGAUCCGUUACGAGGAAUUUAUUGCCAGGAUGGUUGCUAAGUGAGAAAAGGUCAUUAAUAUUUGUUUUUUAUUUCUUUGUUUUUCAAGAAAUGUAUUUUUCUUGUGGGCGAGUUAUUUGGAUUUGAGGUGGUGGAGGAUAAUGUGUUUCUUAUUUGUUUGUUUUCGUUUGUUUCUAUGGAAUUGUUGGAAGUAAUGCUCUCUUUCUCUGAGAAUUUGAUUGGUGUGUAGCUAUGUAAUUUAUAUUAAUAUUCUUGUGUUUGGUUUGA